AAAAGCGAGCGAGAGAGAGAGAGAAAGAGAGAGAGAGAGAGAGGGGAAACAGCUCAGAGGAGAGGAGAAAGCUCCUUAAUUCCAGCGACGGUUAGGCCUAUGAAGAAGGAAACAGCUCGCGAAGACGACGAAACCGAAACCGAAACCGAAACGCUGCGGCACAAGAGCGCUAGGAGGAGGCGACGGCGGCGACGGCGAAGGAGCAUCAGUGCGUCCCUAGCGAAGCUGAACCCUUCGAUCGGGAGGCGCUGCUCUUGCCUCUUCAGCUGUUUCCCGAGAGGUCCCCCGGGGAGGUUCUCGCCGGCGACGGGGAUGGCCACGCUCAGGGUGCCGGACGUCGUCCCGUCCCCGUCCGACGACUGCGCGAGGCUCCGGAAGGCCUUCGAAGGAUGGGGAACCGAUGAGAAGGCGAUCAUAUGGAUAUUAGGACACAGGAAUGCAAGUCAGAGGAGGGUAAUCGGGGAGACUUAUCAGCAGCUUUAUAACGAAUCCCUCGUCAACAGUCUUUAUUCCGAGCUCUCUGGGGAUUUCAGAAAAGCAGUGAUCUUCUGGACAUAUGAUCCUCCGGAGAGGGACGCCAGAUUGGCAAAGGAGGCCUUGCAGACUAAAAGUAAAGGCAUAAACCACUUACUUCCGAUUGUUGAGAUCGCAUGUGCGACAUCUCCCCACCAUCUGAUUGCCGUAAGGCAGGCCUACUGUUCACUCUAUGAUGGCUCGCUCGAGGAAGACAUCCUGUCGGCGAUAUCUUUGCCCUUCAGAAAGAUCCUUGUAGGAUUGGUGAGCUCCUUUAGAUAUGAUAAGGAAGUGGUAAAUAUGGAUGUUGCUAAUUCAGAAGCAGCAUUGCUGCAUGAAGCAAUCGAAAGCAAGCAAUUGGAUCAAGAUUCUGUUUUGUGGGUUCUUGGCACUAGGAACAUUUUUCAGCUCCGAGCAACUUUCCAAUGCUACGAGCAGAACUAUGGGACUCCUAUUGACCAGGAUAUCAAGAGCUGCGGGAAGGGUGAUCUUGAAUCUCUGCUAAGAGUGGUAAUAUGUUGCUUAGAUUGCCCCGAGAGACACUUUGCAGAGGUGGUCAGAAAUUCCAUAAUAGGGCUCGGCACGGACGAAGAUUCGCUCACCAGAGCCAUCAUAACCCGAGCUGAAAUUGACAUGAUGAAGGUCAGAGGUGAAUACAAUAACUUAUACAAAAGCAGCCUAGACAGCGCCGUUAUUGGCGAUACAUCGGGAUAUUACAAAGAUUUCUUGUUGACAUUGCUUGGAGCGAAAAUAUGAGUUUCAUUCUUCGCUGCUUGUGUGCUGGCUUGUCCAAGUGUGUGCUUGUUUUGAUAUGAAAACUUGCUCGUGUAUUUACGCACCACCUUCUGCAGGGUGCCCGAAGCAAUUGUUUGUGCAUUACUCCUAA